CCCCGGUGUGGGCGGGGUCGGGCGCUGCCCGCCGGGCUCGUCACCAUGGGCAGCAAGAUGGCGGCCGCCACCAGGGCGGUGCAGGUAGUCAAGCCACAUACUCCGUUAAUUAAGUUCCCUGACAGAAAAAGUGGUCCCAGACCUAAAAUACAGGAAUCUCUACAACCACAUGUGCCAUCUCUCCAUGCUUCAAAAGCACAAGAGUCUGUAGGAGGCAGAUCACCAGCAUUUCAAAAUAUUUCACCUGUUAGUAGAGUACAAGGUACACCAGACACUUCUGAAUUAGCGAAAACCUUACCUCAGAAAUACAGAAGGAAACAAAUGUCAGAUGAAGAGAUUGAAUAUAUUCAACGUGGAGGUCCAGAAUAAGUGUAGAAGAUAGUUUGCUGGCCACCGCUCAAGAAUGAAGUACUACAUUCACAAUAAAGGCAUUUCCUUAAUAUUAAAAAUUAUUGUAUACUAAUAGCUUUAAUAAAAACCCAUAUGAUGGGUGACAAGGUUGACACAACACAUAAGAUACCAA